AUGACGAAGCUGCUCCUGGUGCUGCUGGGGUUGAAGGUGCCCGGCGCCCUGGGCUGCCCCACCGACUGCGUCUGCUACCCGUCCCCGAUGACCGUCAGCUGCCAGGCUCACAACUUCGUCACCAUCCCCGAGGGCAUCCCCGAGGACAGUGAGAGGAUCUUCCUCCAGAACAACCAGAUCACCUUGCUGCUGCGGGGCCACUUCAGCCCCUCCAUGGUCACCCUCUGGAUCUACUCCAACAACAUCACCUUCAUCGACCCCAACACCUUCGACGGGUUCGUCAACCUGGAAGAGCUGGACCUGGGGGACAACCGCUACUUAAGGGCUUUAGCUGCAGACACUUUCCAAGGGCUGGUGAAACUCCAUGCCUUGUAUCUGUACAAGUGCGGGCUGAGCUCCCUCCCCAGCGGGAUAUUCAGUGGCCUCCACAACCUGCAAUACCUGUACCUGCAAGACAACCACAUCGAGUUCCUUCAGGAUGAUAUUUUUGUUGACUUGGUUAACCUCAGCCAUCUUUUUCUCCAUGGAAACAAGCUCUGGAGCCUCCAUCAGAACACGUUCAGGGGACUAAUAAACCUGGAUCGGCUGCUCAUCCAUCAAAAUCAGCUGCAGUGGAUUCACAGGCGGGCUUUUCACGACCUCCGAAGAUUGACCACCCUUUUCCUGUUCAAUAACAGCCUCUCGGAGCUGCAGGGGGACUGCCUGGCCCACCUGGGAGCCCUGGAGUUUCUCAGGCUGAACGGGAACCCGUGGAGCUGCGACUGCAAAGCCCGUUCGCUCUGGGAAUGGCUGCACAGGUUCAGAGGCUCCAGCUCCAGCGUCAUCUGCGAGUCCCCCGAGCAGAUGCACGGCAAGGACCUCAAGGUGCUAAGAGCAGAAGACUUUAGGAACUGUUCGGGGUCCGAGUCACUCCAUCAGAUAAAAACACAUACUUUCUCCACAGCGGACAGAGGAGCCUCCAAAACCCACCACCCCCACCACUCCUCCAAGGAGAAGGGGAAGGAGAGAGGGGCCAAGGACAGUUUGCACAGCAGCCAGCCCGCCGCCCACCCCAGCUCCCGGCCGGGCUAUCGCAAACCCGGCAAGAACUGCACCAGCCACAAAAGCCGUAACCGAACCUCUAAACCGGUAUCCUUGGGGCCGCGGAAAAACGGGCAGGAGGUUCCAGACUAUGUGCCUGAUUAUCAGCACAAAUUCAGUUUCGGGGCGAUGCCAACGCUCCCCCCCAGGCGCAAGGGUAAGUGCACCCGGCGGAUGCCCAUCCGCCCCCCCAGCGGGGUCCAGCAGGCAGCCGGCUGCGCGGGGCUCAGGGCGUCGCUCCUGGUCUUUAUGAUGGUGUUAGCGGCCGUCAUACGCUGA